CGCACAACAACAGCGGCAAAGGCAGCCAUGAUGAGAGAGCCGCAGGUGGCUCCUCUUUCUGCAGCCGCUGCGGCAAGUACCGAAGCACCCGGCACUGAGUUGCAGGAGGACAAAGCGGACGAGGCUGAGCAGCAGGAGGCAUGCCAAGAUCCCAAGCUCAACACCAACAAGCGGCCGAGGCUGUCUACACCACAGCAGAUGCACCCCACAUGCGGCAAGAUUGCCAGCAACAUCGUCCCUCCCUUCCUCGCCCAUCCCUAUCAUCAUGCCCCUGGCGCCCAGGCAGCAGCGUCAGCAGCAGCAGCUGCCGCUGCGGCCUCCAUUUUGCCGCCCGAGAUCUUCGGCAUGCAUCCCAUGGGUGGUCUGGUGAGUGAGGCCGAGAACGUACUGGUCGUGGCUGCUCUGGCCGAGGAGCGGCGGAAGAACCAGCAGCUGAGGGCCCGCGUGAGAGAGCUGGAGGGGCAAGGUGAACACAGACCAUUCACAUGACAGGGAGAGGGAAUGGGCGGGCCAUCUGUGACUUUCGUGUGUCAGUUGAGGAGCUCAAGCAGCGUCUGCACAUGAUGAUGUCGAGCCGGUCGCGUGACGACCAAGCGAUAGAGGAGGCCACCAAGCGGUUCCAGUCGCUGCACUUCUCGACCGUCCUCUGCGACCUCACAAUGAGAGAUUGCCCUAUGGUGAGGAUCGAGGAAUGGGUGCAGCACUGCAGUGGACAGCGUGAACAUGCACCAUGACGGCCGGUUGUUUGUGUGUCUGCACACAAGGUGGCGGUGAGCAAGGGAUUCUGCGAGUUGACGGGCUAUGAGCCGUGGCAGCUGAUAGGUACACACACUUAAUACAUGGACAUCGAUCAUCCCAUGUGCUGUGCGGGGGAUUCUGCCUGCAGGGGUCAAUUGCCGGCUGCUACAGUGCGACCAGACGUCGACGGAGACGGUAAGAGAGAUCCAUGACUACGUCGACCGACUCAAAAACGCCACAACUGUACAGAUGCAUGAGGACCUCGUGGUGAGUGACAGAGACAGACAGACAGACAGAGAGAGAGUAGGGAAGGCUUCGAUACUGCAUAUUCUGUUUUUGCGCUUGUGUGCCUAUCUGGGUGUGCGCAUGUCAGGUGACGAUCUUGAAUCAGCGUCGCGACAAGAGUACCUUCACGAAUCUGCUGCACAUCUCGCCCAUCUUUCUGGGCGGAAAGCUGUACCUCAUCGGCGUCCAGUCGGACGUCACCGGCUGCAAAGACGACAUCGACACGCACAACAAAACCACCAAGACACUCAUCAGAGAGGUAACACUGGGGCGCCCAGCGACCUCUCUGCUGAUCGAUCUAUCCAUUCAUCUGUUGCUGUGUGCUUUGUGUGUGGUUCAGGUGAUCAAGCAACUAUUUGAGGCGGGAAUUCCUCAGAGUGAGCUCUGCAUCUGACCUGAAGGCCCGGCGAUCGAACGGACAAGACCUACGUGCGUGUGUGCGGCGUGUCUGUGUGUGUAUAAUGGCGUGUAUGUGUAUAUUACGGUGGGUGGUCUGUUCUGCAAUGCAUACUGAGCACGUGUGGGGGCCCUGCGCUGUGUGCCAGUGGUACUCGCUCGGGGGCCAUUUGGGGAAUACCAUCCGGAUCAAUGCACACACCAUUCAUGCAUACGUCCAUGUGGGCCGACUGAGCUCUUUUGAUUGGCGUGACGUCUAGGGGUGUGUGCACGUCACCUGUC